GUCUUACCCUGUAGUCUGCCUGCAGUGAAUGGGAUAAAUAAGACAGAUCCACACCAUUUGAUCGAGGUGGACCUCGGACUAAUUGUAUCAGAGUCGAGAAAUCUGAUAAAUCGUGUAUCGUGUCGAAAGAGAAAGAAGAGACUGACUGGUUCUUGACCUGCCAUGCCGCUCCGUGAUUUCCUCCGCAGAGGCAGCGAGCAUCAGAGCUCACCCAACGAUUCAUCUGAAGCCUCUGGAGCAUCAGGAUACCCCGACUACCCUCAGCAGCCGGUCCCUGAGAUCAAAUUUGUUCGUUCCGACACUACGACACAGGAAGUCAUUACCCCGCCGGUAUACGAGGGCGACUACGACCACCAGCAGCAGCAUGAACCCGAACAGAGACCAUCAACAGCGUCGUCUGUGACGUCUUCAUCAUCGCGAAGAGGAUUUAAAUUAUUCCACCGGUCGAGAUCGCCGUCGGAUGCAGUGACGACAGGAAUAGAAGCAGGAGCGUCUGCGUCGCCCCCCCGUCCCCAGCGAGACAGCUCACACCGGCUCUCCAGCCUUCUGCACCGAGAUCGAGACCGAGCAGCCGGUUCUGGAGGCUCACCACGGAAUUCCAGCUCCGUCUCGGUGAAUCUGCCGAGGGAUCUGCCCCGGAUCAACACGGAUGUCGGCGACAAGCAGGACCGCGAGGCCCAGUGGGAGAAGCGCGCCACGGUGCUCGUCCAGGGGAACCCGCAGUUCUCGUCGCCGCUCUCGCCGACUCCAUUGUCGCCUGGAGAGAACUGGGGGGCGAGAUCGAGGAGUUCGAGUCGGAGUGGAUGUAUUGAUCGACAGGGCGAUGUGAAUAUACAAGAGGCGAUCCGGCUACAUGAGAAUGGAGAGUUGGAAAAGUCAACACAGAUGUUUGGGCAAUUGGCUGACCCGAAUGGCGCGAAUAAUACGCUGAGCCAGGUGCUCUACGGGCUUGCCUUGCGACAUGGCUGGGGCUGCGUCAAGAACGAAGAGCAAGCCGUCGUCUACUUGCAAGCGGCAGCGACCAACUCGGCCUCGAUCGAAUCAGAAGCUCUACGCUCGGGGAUGAAAAAGGGCGGCGCGGCCAAAGGGGAGCUGGUCCUCGCUAUCUUCGAGCUGGCCAACUGUUUUCGCAAUGGCUGGGGCCUGCAAAAAGACCCUGUCGCUGCUAGGCAGUACUACGAAACGGCCGCCAACCUAGGUGACACUGAUGCCAUGAACGAGGCGGCCUGGUGUUAUCUUGAAGGGUUUGGCGGAAAGAAGGAUAAGUAUACAGCAGCGAAAUACUAUCGACUGGCUGAGGAGCACGGAAGCAAAACCCUCGGGAAUUCUUGGAUCUGGAAAGACAAAUACAAUCCGAAGUAAUAGUAGUUGGGCUUUCCCAGAGUACUUUCGUACUUCGUCAUACUCUGUUCUAGAACGCAACCGUCCGACUACCCGAUAGGCAAGAGAUAGUCGCUUUGGGCAGACAGUAUAUACUUUUGUAUAGUUGAAGAAUACUACUGGCUACCAUGGGCCUGAGAGGGCCUGAGAGGGCUGAGCUGAGGGUUUUCCCACCCAACAUCGCCUCACUGUCGUAUUGGACUGAUUUUUAUUUCUUGAUUUCAUGAUGCCAUGUACCUUAAUCUUUCCAGCUAGUGCAAACAGUGGUU